AUGUCUCGUCCUCGUCCACAAUGGCAACUUCAGGCUUUAGCUGCACAACGUCGUGACAAUGAACUUCGGCGAGCUGAAGAAUUAAGGAAGGUGGCCAAUUAUUUUGAGACAAACACUAAUAAGACCAGGCAUCAUGAACAGUGGACCACUGAAGGAUAUUAUGAGAAGGCAAAUAAAGAGGCAGAGCAACUAGGUCAGAGGAAGAUCAGGGCAGCACGACUCGAAGAGCGGCGCAAAAAACUGGAACUACUGUUAUUUCAAGAAAACAUGCAAUAUCAACAGGAAUUGAAAAGUCUCUCGGCCAAACCGAAGUUAUUUAAGAACGGGUCUUACUUAAAUAAAGUUCCUACAUCAACCCUCAAAGACAUCAACCAAGGCAUCGUAGAAAAAGAAGAGCAGUUGCGUCGUCACGAAGCUGAACUGCGGCUUCACCACGCGUGGAGACUGCGCCAGCCGGAACUGAGGGCUGCCACCGCUUACGUCGCUAACAAUAAACUUAAGUGUGCGUGGAUGGAACAAAUAGUCGAGAAGGAACUGCAAAAGAAGAAAGAAGAAGAAGACACUCGCAAAGUGUUGCAAGAGAGAGAUGAGAUGCUUCGUAAACAGAUUGAAAUAGAAGAAAAAAGAUUAAGAGAAAAAGAGCAACAAGUUAAAGAGCUUCGUGAAAGUCUAGAAGGCCAAAUCGCAGAGUUAAGUGAGAAAGAAACUAUAGUUAAACGACUCCGGAAACAAGAAGAAAGAGAAAAAUGUAUACUAGAUGAAUUACAAUUCAUAUCGUCAGAGCGAGAAAGAGAACACGCACGCCUUGUAGCAGAAAGAGAGGCCACUAUCGUAAAUAUGGGCUUGCACAAAUACAAGUUGAAGAGGAAAGUCAUUGCUGUUAUGGGGGAAAUUGAAUUAGAUUUAUUGAUGCUUGAUAAGUUGAGGAACGCUCUGUUAAGGGAGCAUGAAUCUGAACAAGAAACGAUUGGAUAUUACAAACGUGUGUUAGACUCGGCUCUUGCUGAACUGGAAGAGCAUAGAGAACGUGAGCGACAACGACAGAGAACUAUAGAAGCUAUGUACGACGGGGAAGCGAGGCAGAUCAACGACAAGCAAGAUAAGCUGUGGGCUAAGGAGCGCGAAGCGCGAGCACUUCUAAUGAACGAAGUUCUAUCCACACUAAAGAGGCAGGUGGAAGAGAAGAUAGAAGCCAAUAGGAAACAGCAAAAGGCAAAUGUGUUGGAACGAGAGAAAAUUUUAUCGCAAAUGGAGAACUUCCAUGAAGAAGUUAGAGCUAAUGAAAGAGAGACACAGCUGAAGAACUCAACGUACUCCACCGUGACCGCCCUCCAAUCCCAACUGAACAGUCUGCGCGUGCAACAGCGGCAGCUGGAGGACACGUGCGCGCGGGAGGCCGAGCUGCGGGAGGCCGCCGCCAACGAGCGCACGCUCCGCACCGAGAUCGCGCGCGUGCACCGCGAGGGCAGCACUCAGGCUUGGGCGUAA